GGUGUAUUUAUAUUCGUAGGCAAAAUUUGGACUCAUCGAUUUUUAGUUUAAUUAAUUAAUAAAGGAUGAGAAAUAUAGUUCCAGACUGUAUCAUUAUUUCCAUAAUAAUUGGCACAUUCUUAAUCAUUUACUUCAUAAUAAACAUAUUUUAUGAGUUUCUGGCUGGCGAAAAUAAUCAAAACUUAACAUUAUCUCAAUUAACGGAAGGAGUAUCUAAAGAGUACACUUGGGCAUUAAGAUUAACAAUAAAUUGUAUAGGAUAUUCAGCACUAAUAGUCCCUGGAUUUCUAAUAUAUCAGUACGUGAAAAGAGUUCAUUAUCUUGAUAGAUCAGAGAAAACCUUCCUAUCCUCAAUAGUCAAAGCAUGUUUCGGCGAGAAUGAAAAGUAUGAUUUACUUCAAUCAUCAUCAGCAUCCAAAUCCGUGAAUAAGGCAUUAGUAAGAGAAUGUGUGCUACUUUCUUAUUGCUUUGUUGGCUUAAUGGGAAGUUAUUUAACAUGGGGAGUGUUACAAGAAAAAAUAAUGACCAGAGAAUAUAUCGAUGAAAAUGGAAAGAAGUCAUUUUUCAAAGAUUCACAAUUUCUCGUCUUUUCAAAUCGAUUGCUAGCAUUUUGUAUAGCUAUUAGCUAUUUGUACUUAAAACAACAGACACGACAUCGUGCUCCAUUAUUCAAAUAUUCCUAUGCUUCAUUCUCAAAUGUGCUCAGCGCAUGGCUCCAAUAUGAAGCACUCAAAUUUAUUAGCUUUCCAACACAGGUGCUGGCGAAAUCAUGCAAAUUAGUGCCCGUGAUGAUUAUGGGAAAAGUCGUAUCGAGGAACAAAUAUGAAUUUUAUGAAUAUGUUGUUGCCAUUGGAAUCUCAACAGGAAUGAUACUUUUUUUAAGUGGAAGUUAUGAUCAGAGCAAGCACACCCCAUCCACUACAAUUACAGGAAUGUUCCUGCUAGUCCUUUACAUGAUCUUUGACAGCUUUACCUCGAAUUGGCAGAGUGAGAUCUUCAAAACUUAUGGAAUUACGAGUAUUCAAAUGAUGUGUGGGGUUAAUCUAUUCAGUUCAAUGUUUACAGCAGCUUCGUUACUCGUUCAAGGUGGUUUUUCUGAAGGAAUCUCAUUCGCCUCAGAGCAUCCAAAAUUUUUAAUUGAUUGUGUCAUAUUGUCAAUAAGUUCAGCAGUAGGACAGCUUUUUAUCUUUUAUACCAUUGCGAAAUUUGGAGCUAUUGUAUUUACCAUCAUUAUGACAUUACGUCAAGCUAUCGCAAUUUUAUUAUCAUGCCUCAUCUAUCAACAUCAAAUUUCAGCGCUUGGAAUUUUCGGAAUAAUUGUUGUAUUCGCUGCUGUCUUUUUGCGCGUUUAUUGCUCACAUCGAAUUAAAAUUCUAAGAAGAAAGCAUGAACUACUCAAACAGCGCCUACAUGUUUAAAAAUUGAGGAUGGUCUAAUAAUGUGAUUAAUACGCUUUUGUAUUAUAUAUUUUCUGCUUUUCACUUU